AUGUCGACCCUCCUUCUAAAUCGUAUUCUUAAUUGCAAAGAAUAUUCUAACCUUAUCGUCAUCGAAGAUACAAUCUUACAAUCUGGAUAUGCAUUAUUACUGGAAUUUAUUAAAAGACUUACCAAAAAACCUGAACAUUCGUUAGUUUUAGUGUGCUUAGAAUACUCUCCUCGGAACAUUCUAGAGCAUAUUAAAACACGUAAAAACAUCAUAAUUAUCGAUGCUUACACUCAGAUUGCUUCAUAUGAAGAUGAAAAUGUAAUUUUAGACAAACCUAUCAUCAAUUCACCCAAGGGCGAGGAAAAUAUUAAGAAUAUUCAAUUUGUUAAUAAUCUUGAAAAUUUAUCAUUAUUGACAAAUAUCAUCAAAGAUACUUUAUCAAAUCAUAUUUCAAUAGUAUCGAAAUCAUCCCAAUAUUCUAUAAUAAUUGAUUCGAUCAAUCCUUUACUUAUAUCAUCAUCAAAUUCUUCUACUAUUUCUUUUUUAAGAAAAUUAUCUAAUGAUUUACAAGCUACAACUUUGAUAACAGUUAAAAAUAAAAAACAAUUCAUCAAAGAUUCAUCGCCAUCAACAUCAUCGUUAGGACAUAUAAUAUCAUCAUAUAUGAAUUGUCCUUACAAUGGAAUAUGUAGCAUACAACAUAAAAAAUAUUCAGGAAAAAUAAUUUAUGAGGAUUUUCAGGAUACAAACACAGCUGAUCAAAAGAUUAUUGCAAAUUUAUCAUUUGAUCUAUCAUUAACUGAGAAACAAAAGAAAGCAAAAGAAAAUGUAGUUCUUCCAUAUCUUAAAGUUCAAACUACUGAUAGUAGUUCUAAUUUCAUUACUACUGGAGGUGAUUCAUUAAGUGGAGGAUUAAUAACAGAUGAUUUUUUUUAA